UAUACAUAUAAGAUUGAUAGUUAUGCCCCGAUCUGUACAAAAAAUUUAAUAACUUCCCUUACUUAUUACAUAUUUUCCUCUCUCAGGCUAUGUACCUAUCUGCUAUGUUAGGAUAAGGUAGGUACUACAAUUUUAUAUCUAUCAAUUGUCUUUGAUCGCGCCCAAGCUUGCACGAUGUAGUUAGUUGAAAUCUUCGCUCGAUGUUUGGAUUUAUUUUAUUUUGUUUUUUUUUGACCACGUUGUUUCCUAAUUCCAUAAAUUGUGUUUACUCUGAUUUCAUCGUUUUUUGAGAACAUUUUGUUCAGCCCAUUACUUACAAGGUAUAUAGCUCCUUGGAUUUGUUAGAACUGCAGUCGCAUCAACUGAAUGAUUCACAACAAAAUGAUCAAGCCCAUGAUUAGGACUGAAGAUUUUAAACCAAAAAUUUCUGUUCAAAAUUUACCUCGUAAUCUAACCACAUUUGUAGAAAUGAGAUCCAAGGGGAUGGUUUAUGUCGACAAAACUGCGUUCAUAGAAAAAAUAUUGGAUUUAAUCGAUCAUUACCUUUUAUUCACCCGUCCUCCCGGAUUUGGAAAGUCUACAUUUAUACAAAUGUUAUACGAGUUUUUUUCCGGAAAUAAACACCUUUUCAAUGACACGUACAUCGCCAGACGAAUGCCCGAAAAAUGGACGAAAUAUCCGAUCAUUAGCUUGGAUUUCAGUCUUAUAAGCCCUGUUAAUAGUGAAGAUGAUAUUGAUACUUAUACAAAGGAGCUCGAAGAUAAACUAUGGGAAAUUGGAAAAUCGUAUGGACUUGACUAUAGAUCAAGUCGUCUCCCUGAUUUACUCAUCGCAAAUCUGCGUACUAAAUAUGGACAACCUGUUGUCGUCCUGAUUGAUGAAUACGAUACAAUAUUCAAACAAGGCAGCAUGAAAGAUGCUGAUUUAUCCGAAACGUUUAAAAUGGUCGUUAGCACAUUCUAUGAUUGUUUGAAAAGCCAAUCGAGUAAUAUUAAACUCCUAUUCAUUGCCGGCAUUUCUAGGUUAAGUUUUUCCCCUUUUCAAGCCCGCCUGCACUGCAGGGAUCUAACUUUCAACAAGGACUUCUCUAGUGCUAUGGGAUUCACUUUGAAUGAAAUAAAAUCAAAUUACGAACCAUCCUUGCAGCGUUUGGCCACUCAUUAUGGAGUGAACGUGUCGCAGAUCAUUACAAAUCUUACCUAUUGGUACGACGGCUAUAGAUUCAGUCUACAAGAUAAUGAAACCAAAGUGUUAAAUCCUAUUUCCGUAAUCUCCAGCCUAAGAAACUUGGAAAUAAAAAAUUAUGGUACAUGGAUGCAAAACACAGGAUUGGCAAUCGAAAGCGUACAAAUAUCCCAGAAAAACAUCGAAGAAUUUUACUAUUACGGUGUAAAAGCUGAUUAUUUGGAGUAUUUAUACACUAACGAAUUUAGUUCCAAGAUUCCGCCAGCGAUUUUAUUAUAUAAUUACGGAUAUCUGACUAUCAGAAGAUAUAAUAAAGGAUCCGGUACCGUAAUACUCGCAUACCCGAAUAAGGAAAUCGAAAAUUUAAUGAAACAAAUACUAUCGGACCCAUCGUUCAAACCAACUUACGAUUAUGCGAUGAAUAUGAGUAUGCGGGAAGGAGAUAUGGAUGCAUUUUGUUGGUUUUCUGAACAAUGUGGAAUUCAGAAACCAUCGUUACAUUUACAUAAGCUUGAAGAUGGUUCGAAACAAAAGACAGCUGACUGGGACAGUGGAAAUCUUGAAUCAGCAAAGAAAACACAGGAACUCACGGUUACUCCAGGUUUAUCCUCAUUGCAGCAUACAACAGGACUAACAGAUAUUGUACCCGUAAAUCCAAGAACAUUACGAAGGAAAGCCCUAAGAGCAGAAGCUAUGUCAUAUCCCAUGGCGAUGGGUCGACUACUUUGGAGGGAUUUCCCUGGUUCCUUCUCUUCCCAUAAGUUCGUUAAGGCAACCCAACCAUUGGUUGACUCUAGUGGGUAGUGGAAGUCUCAUACAGAAGUCUCUCAUUUUAAAACAAAGGUUCCAUACAAUCAUUUUUGGAUUCUAAUUUUAAUUUAAAAAUUUGAUUUUCAAAGGUACCUAUUCGUAUUUAAUUGAUUUCAAUUUGUUAUUUCAUGAUUUUAAUGUCAAACAGUGAAAAUCCAGUAGUUACCUACUUGUUCAUAUUAGUUUGUCCGGUAUGAUGAUCACCUGCCUUUUAUGCAGUAAUUAAACACAGUGAUCAACAAUUUAGGCACAAUUUUUGCUUUUUUUAAAAUUUUAAAAAAAUAAUAAUUCGCAUCGCCGAACUCUCCUCUUUUGAAACGUGUAAUAAAGUUUUUUCGAUUUUCAUAUUUU